CAUACGAGGAAGUGGAGCUGCAGCGGUGCCGGCGGAGCAGAGUGAUGAAAGUGUAGGAGCCGGGGUCCUCACUUGUGGGUAGAGAGUAAAGUGCGAGUCAGGGUAGAGUUCCAGUCGAAAAACUCCAAUAAAACCCGGGGUUCGUGCGCAUUCAUCGACCCGCACCCAGCCGAAUGCGUGGCGAUAAAUGUUUAGCAGCAUCAGCUUAGCUUAGCCUGCUAACCUGCACAUAGUCUCUUACAUCAGCCAGCUCGGUGUGAAAAGCAGCGUGAAUUAAUUGCGUUGAAGCUGGUUAAUGAUUUGUGGAGUUUUAUUAGGGACACUGACUUGUCCAAUCAGACGGGCGACGACCUGCUCGGGGAGUGGGGCUGCUGAGAGCUAAGCUGCGCACCUAACGGGUCGGGUAACACUCGGGCUAGCAGCGGGGACUCAGCCGGGCAUUAACGCUGUGAGUGUUUUCUUGGCUCCGAGCCGAGACGAGACAUGGCCAGUGAGCCGGCAGCUGUCUUCAUCUGCGAAGCGAGCAGAGAAAACAAGCCCGGGCAGGUGUCCGGCCGCUCCUGCCGACACCAGUCCGAGUCAGAGAGCGACCUCGGCCCGACGGCCAAGAGCCUGGCCCGGCUGUGCAGCAGGGACGCCGAGGAGCGGGCUGCGGCUCUGGACGAGCUCGGCCAGGCUGUCCUGGCAUGCUUGGGACUGGACCGGCCCGCUGUGGCUCGGCUGGGUAAACAGACGCUGCUGCAUCUGCUGAGGUUGUCCCGAUCGUGUCCGCUGCAGGACGUCCGGGAGAGGGCCGCCGACCUGCUGCGGACCGCACAGGAACGAGGAGUUGAAAUCCCCCGGGCCCUGGCUUUGGGUCCAAGUGCCUUCAUCCCUGCAAAAGAGAUGUUGAAGGAAGGACCAGACCAGGACGUACUGUUGGAGGCUUUCCUCUCACUGGGCCGUGUGGACCACAUCACCAUGGUGAUGGCGAUGCAUCCUUCCUACCUUAGCUGCUUCCUGCGAACCCAGCAUGCUUUGCUGGAGCUGGACGGCCCGCUGCCCCGUCCUUGGAGACAUUACAUCGCUGUCAUGGCCGCGGCUCGCCACCAGUGCUCCUACCUGGUGCAGCAGCACAGCGCAGGCUUCCUGGAGGUCGGGGGGGAGGAGAGCUGGCUUGGGGGGCUGGAGUUCGUCCCCACCAAACUCCGCAGCCUGCAAACACUGAACAAGCUGCUGGCACACAGACCCUGGCUCAUCACACAGCAACACAUCCAGGAGCUGGUGUGCCCUGGAGCGGAGUCUCGCUGGUCAUUGGCUGAACUGAUUCAUGCGGUGGUCCUGAUGGCCCACGCUCACUCGCUCUCCUCGUUUGUGUGGGGGUGUGGCCUGAACCCUGAACCUGACCAUAUCGGAGGCUACACCUUUUACCCUCCUUCACCCAGUAACCUUCCUCGCAGCCCACACAGCCCCGCCCAUGAGGAUGGCCGGCAAGAGCUGGCUGAUGGAGGGAUGGAGGUGGAGGUGUUGAUGAAGAGGAUGGUGGAGCUUCAGCAGCAGCAGGAAGAAGAGUGCAGCCAGGAAGAGAUGCUCACUCGCUUUGAGAGGGAGAGGAGCGAGAGCAUACCUACAGCGGUGGUGCGCGGAGCUCCACCUGACGUGGUGUUGCGUCUGGUGGAGGAUCCAGAGUUCAUUUACGAGGACUUUGCCCCCAGAGGAGAGCAGGCGCCACCCACCAUGAGAGCCCAGGACUAUUCAUGGGAGGACCACGGCUUCUCUCUGGUCAACAGACUGCUACCAGACCAAGUGGGCCAGCUGCUAGAUGAAAAGUUCCAGGUUGUGAGCAACUUGACUUACCACAGAAUGGCCAUGCACGAAGGCGUGGACACACACACUCUGAGAAAAGCCCUGUGGAACUACAUCCACUGCCUCUAUGGGAUACGCUAUGACGACUACGACUACGGAGGUGUGAACGUGCUGCUGGAGCGCUCUCUGAAGGUGUUUGUUAAAACCAUGGCGUGCCACCCUGAGCAGACCACUGCACGCAUCUAUCACGCCUUCUGGAGACACUUCAGACACUCUGAGAAGGUACAUGCCAACUUGAUUGUCAUGGAGGCUCGUCUACAGGCUGCACUUCUCUACACUUUACGAGCCAUCACACACUACAUGAGAUGACACGCUCACUCACAAAGACACGCGUGUGUGUGUGCACACCCUCACCUUACAUUUUUGCUGAUUCUGAGCCAGCUGUUAUAUUCCACAGCAUAAUGCAUAUUACAACUUAGGGCAAUAAGUGCACACACACACAUACACACACACUACAGUGAAUGUCUGUGAAUAUGUUCUAUGUCAAUGUUCAUGUUUAUGCUGCUUUGUAAAUGUGUGAUUUUUUUUUGGAUAUUUAAAAUUAAGACUUGUUACAUUUUGCACUGAAAAUAGUUUCCUAGCUUCAAGUGUUGAGCUAUAAUACGUUGCACACACUGAAAUUACACACGUAGGCAUAUCUAGGGCUCCGUGCCAGGUAUGCGGGUGGAAAUAGGCCUGGCGUGACCCGUUCACCGUAAGUGUUUUCCUUUGAGUAUUUCUCUUUUUUUUUUUUUUUUUUUUUGGUCAUUGAAAAUCACAAUGAAAAGUCAAGAAGCAUAACCUUUCUCAGGCCGCAAGUCUCUGUAGCGGAGUCAGUCCGAAUCUUGACUGCUCAUGCCUCAGCCUUUGUCUUUACAGCACACAGAGGUCUGAAAUCACAAACGAGAAAAAAAAAAUAGCUGUAUUUUUCUAUACAAUAAAAAGCUACUUUGUUAUCAAAAUCAA